UUUGCAUAUUAGCUUUUUAUUAUAUAGGAUAGGAUAGGUUUCAGGUGUGGGUUUAUGUUACAAGACCUAUCUAUUGUACCAGGUACCCACCACCCAGUCAAAUCUUCUUCUGUCACCAAUAUAUUAGGGCCCCUUUGUUCCCCCCACCCGCUUACGUUCAGCAACCACCACACUGCUGUUUGUGUUCACAAGUUCCAGUUUUAUAUUUCACAUGAGUGAAAUCAUAUGGUUCUUCGCUUUUUCUGACUGAACUGUUUCACUUAACCAAGCUUUGACUUCUAAGUGCCCAACAGUCUUAUGAUACAUAAAAAACACCAGUAACUUCAUUUAACCAAAUGAAAUAUGUUUCAUAAAUUAAAGUUGAGGACAUUUGUCCCUACCAAGCAGACUCCGCGCACCACUCCUAAGUAAACACGGCCUCUAUACACCUCGCACUGCACCAUGAUGCCUGUCUGGACGAAGAGCUGAAGAUCUAGGUUACAGUUGCUCUAACGAGAGUCACUGCAGUUUUCUUUAGUUAAGUAGCUCCAGUGAGUUUGGAAAAUUUGACAGAGUAGCUAAAAGAGUAAGUAUUUGUUGAGUGCCAAGUCAGUGAUGCAAAAGCCAUUUAUUACUAGUACAAGGUCAAAGCAGGGCAUAGUCACAGAACGCUGUCAUGUUUUGGGAAGUUAAGAAAGGGGAUGGGGGGGAAGUACGGGAAGAAGGAUCGACACAGCUCACUUUUCCGGGGAACCUGGAGAUGAGUGAAACUUAAACAAGUAAGGGAGAGUAGGGGAGGUGCUCGUGUCAAAGAGAACACAGAGCUUGGUGUGAGGAAAACCGUGGCACUGUUGGAAGAGAAUGGAUUAGCUGACGUUUCUGUAAAAUGCUAUGCCCUCAAAGGAAAAGAGAGAAUGUGCGUGUCUUAGGGGUGGGACAGGCCUGGUGUGGAGGGGAGGGCGACCAGCAGCUGUUCUGUGCCAGCAGCUAGAGGCUUUCUCUAGUAAUUUAGGUCUCCCGGAGCCUAAGCCCGAGCGAGGUAGCCCCUGAAGGAACUCUGUCCCCAAGGCGCAGGGGACAAACUGGGGAGUCGGCCUACAGAUCACGUCCUCUUCGCAAUACUAGGUCUUCUGUGGGACGGCUACCACAAGGGCAAGAGGAAGGAGGAGAGGUGAGGCAUGCGACUGGAGUGGGCUCACAAGGUGCCCAAAUUUGUGACUAAGAUGGGGUGGAAAUGAAUCUGGUGGGACCAGCAGUCCCCAGAGGAAGGGGUAUGUUAUCAGUAAGUCCUCGUUAGUGCGUCUCCAUUUUGCAAGUUACUUUAACAUAAAAAACACCUGUCCCCCAAAUUGGGAACAUGGGUGGGGAAAGGGCUAUUCUCUGCUGCGAAGGUUAAACAAACAAUGUCACAAACAGACAAUACAACUGUGAGUGCCCACAUGGAGGCUCAGGCCACGCUGGGGGACCCGGGUCCUUAGGGACGAGCACUGGGAAGCUGAGGGAUGGGGCAUCAAGCAUCGGGAGGCUGAGGGAUCGGGCACCAGGGAGGCUGAGGGGGCGGCUGAGGGAUGGGGCAUCGGACUCACACAUCUAGGAAAGCACAUUAUCGCUGAAACACUAAAUGGGUGCCUGCCAAACCGGUUUGCUGUUGAUAGGGGGUGUCUUUUAUCAGCUGUCCCACUGGUUAGCAACUUCUCUGCAAACCCCUGGCAAACACAGCCAUUUAGUCAGUAAAAAAGGGAGGAAAAACGUGGUCCCUGGGCUUCGGGAUUCCUGGGUUUCUGGCUUCCUAGCCGGCGUUUUAACUCGUUGUUGUAGACUGGGACUAACCAUCCUUGACGUGACAUGCGACCGGGAAGCGUAAAAUGUAAACCACUCGGCACGCGGCAUCUAAUACACAGCUACUCCCAUACGCCUUACGUCGCCCAUAAUGACAGCAGCCAGGCGGCCAGUUCACGGGGCAGCUGAGUCGCAGCAGGAAGGUGGGAUGGAGGAACAGGCGGGAGACCAACGCGGGUGUGUCUCUCAGUCCCCAGACCAGUGAUCUCCAGGCCUGGAGCCUUCUAGGGGGGGCAGACCCGACCCGGACCCGAGAGCCUUCACAGUCACAGGUCUGAACUUGACCCUUCACACCAAGUACCAUGGCCCUGGCCCUGACCAGCAACCCACAGGAGGCAUUGCUUUUGGCCUUGAGUGACCUUGAUGAAAAUGACUUCAAGAUAUUAAAGUUCCACUUAUGGGACAGAACCCUGCUUGGGGGCCAGGGGCUGGCCCGAGGGGAGCUGGAGGGCCUGAGUCGGGUGGACCUGGCUUCUCGGCUGAUUUUGAGGUACGGAGCGCAGGAGGCUGUGAAAAUGGUGUGCAAGGUGCUGCAGGUCAUGAACCUGUUAGAACUUGUGGACCAGCUCAGCCACAUCUGUCUAAAUGAUUACAGAGAAACGUACCGAGAGUACGUACGCUGCCUGGAGGAGAGACAAGAAGAGGGAGUCAGCCGCACCUACAACCAGCUGCUCCUGGUGGCCAUUGCCAGCCCGGGAAGCCCUGAGCCUGAGCAGGAGCAGGGCUCUGUCACAGUGGAGGCUCUGUUUGAUCCGGGGGAGAUGCCCACCCCAGGCCCAGCCACAGUGGUGCUGCAGGGACCCGCUGGCACAGGCAAGACAACACUGGCAAGAAAAAUAGUGCUGGACUGGGCCACUGGCACGCUGUACAAAGACCGGUUUGAUUAUGUCUUUUACGUGAGCUGCAGAGAAGUGGUCCUGCUGCCGGAGGGCACGCUGGACCAGCUCCUCCUCUGGUGCUGCGGGGACAGUAAGGCGCCCGUCACGGAGAUCCGGAGGCAGCCGGAGCGGCUCCUGUUCAUCCUGGACGGCUACGACGAGCUGCAGAGGCCCUUUGCCAAGAGGCUGAAGAGGCCGGGGCCCAGCCCCGCGCAGGACACGCUGCGCCGGCUCAUCCGGAGAGAGGUACUUCCCACGUGCUCCCUGCUCAUCACCACGCGGCCCCUGGCUCUGCGGAACCUGCAGUCCUUGCUCAGACAACCGCGCCAUAUCCAAGUCCGAGGCUUCUCUGAGGAAGAGAGGGAGAAGUAUGUCCAGUCCUAUUUCACAGAUGGGGAGCAAGCCCAGAAGGCCUUUGACUUCAUACGUGGAAAUGACGUUCUCUACCAAGCAUGUCUGGUUCCAGGCAUCUGCUGGGUGGUCUGCUCCUGGCUGAAGGGGCGGAUGGAGAGAGGCGGGGAGGUCUCGGAGACUCCCAGUAGUGGCACCGACAUCUUCAUGGCCUACGUCUCCACCUUCCUGCCUCCCAGUGACAACGAGGAUCCCUCCGAGCUCACCCGAGACAGGGUCCUGAGGGGUCUGUGCUCCUUGGCAGCCGAGGGGAUCCAGCACCAGAGGUUCCUGUUUGAAGAAGCUGACCUCAGGAAGCACAGCUUAGAUGGGCCCAGCCUGGCUGCUUUCCUGAGCAGCCACGAUUACCAAGAGGGGCUUGACAUCAAGAAGUUCUACAGCUUCCGCCAUAUCAGCUUCCAGGAGUUUUUUCACGCCAUGUCCUACCUGGUGAAAGAGGACCAGAGCCAGCUGGGGGAAGAGUCCCUCAGGGAGGUGAACAGGCUGCUGGGUGACAGGGAGCAGGCGGCGGGGGAGGAGAUGACCCUCAGCAUGCAGUUUCUAUUGGACAUAUCGAAAAAAGAGAGCUCCUCCAACUUGGAGCUCACGUUCUGCUUCAAAAUCUCCCCCUCGAUAAAGCAGGAUCUGAAGAAUUUCAAAGAGCAGAUGAGCUCUCUAAAGCAUAACAGGACCUGGGAGUGGGACUUCUUCCUGAAUGAGGCUAAAAUGAAGAAUCUGGCAAACUGUGUUCAGAUGAGCAAAGUGGCGUUUAAGGUGGAACAUUCAAAUGAAAAGAAAUCCCACAGCAGGAGCUCAUUUUCUGUCACAACCAGCUUGAGUGAUGCCAAGAAAGAGGAGCAAAAAUGUCUAGUUGUGAACGAAGGGAAUGUAGCAGGGACACAGAAGCAGGCUGCUAAUGGGAAAAGCAGAGGGAAGAGGAACUAGAGACCAGGAUGGUAAGGGUAGGAGUAGGACAGGAAGCACACAAAUGGAGACACUAGAGCUGAUGGUGGGGUGGAGAGACAGAGGGAGAGGGAAGACCGUAGAAAGGAAUGGAGAGAUGUGAGAUUGAGUUAAUGGGCACAAGGAGUGGAAGGACAGAAUAACAAAUAGAAAAGAGAAAUAGAUAGAGGGUCAAGAGAUUUGGAACAUAGGAUGUGGGGAGAGCCAUGUGGAAUGAGUCCUUAGGAACAACCACGUGUCAAUAGUGGCUCAGUUUAGUUCUUUAGCACCGCCCACCCCCCAAGGCUGUUUGUAAAUUCCCCACAUGUAAUCUUAUGAGGGUCUGACAUUUGACUUUUCUAUAAAAAUAAAUUCCUUAAUAUAAGAACAUGUGGAUUGUGCUCACUCUAUAAGAUAAUGUAAAGCAUAUCAAUGUCAGCAUUUAAAGGAAAUGUACUGUGAUAUAAUGCAAUGUCCCUUUGACUCUGUAUUUGUGAUCAAUUGCUGCUUAAAUAAAUAGUAUCUUUCCAUCUUUCUAGAAGCUUCUAGAAUUUCCAUGCUGGAAAUGAGGGAUGCCUUGUCACAGACAUUUGGUCUUAGAAGCUAUACUGUAACUUGACUUACCUCUAUGCUAAUAACAUGCCACUGUUGUCUCCAGCUGUACCAUUAACUGACUCCUUUUUGGAAAGAGCAGUCAUGUCUAAGCACUAAUCAAAGCAUUUUCCUGUUUGGGUUCCCUCUGUAUAUAAAAGAAGAAGAAGAAAAGGGAUUAUAGAUGUAGGCGUGGUCAGGUCCCAACCCUCAUUUCACAGAUGAGGAAACUGAAAUUCAGUCAGGAGCCCCAUUCAUUUCUGGGGUUUGUAGACGCCCUCAGAGACCCUGUGCAGGCACGUGAACCUCCCCCCAUCCUGCUGUUGCUGCUGGCUCCAGUGCAGCUGAGAGUGAUGCUGCCUCGGACUCCCGGUGCUCCACAGAAAGUACAGAUGCUCCUCACACAUUUUUACUGCUGUCAUGACUCUUCAUGAGCUGAUUUCACAUGUGCCAAUUGCAGCAAUCUGCUGCACGUGCCCAGACAUCUGAAUCCAGGAAACUCAGCCCUGACUGGUCAGCUUCCUAUGCCAUGAGAACAAUUAUUAUUAAGUCUUCUUCCCACAGGAAGCUUGGUGGCUCUACAUUUGGUAAUAAUAUUCAUAGCAUGUUGAACACAGACUGCUUGUAUAUAUAGAAUGUGUAAGAAACAAUAUGUGUGUGCAUGUACUUCUUUAUAAAGAGAAAUUUGUGCU